AUGCAGCUCAAGACUGUGAUUCCUGCCACCCUCCUUGCCGCCACUGCGACAGCGCAGCAGGUCGUUACCGAGACUAUCGAGGGAUACGUCUUCGAGCACUCAGGCCCCAGAGACGCGGCUCCGCAGGCCACCUACGAGAUCCGGGGCCUGAAGACUGCCAAUGAGCUCCUCAAGACCCGCAUGGGGCUCGACCCCUCGACGUCGGAUGACCUCGCCGCGCUGAGGGAGGAGAACAGGCGCCUCAAGGCCGAGUACGAUGCUGACGGCUUCCUGGAGCUCCUGGCCCCCGACAUCACCUCAGCGGAUGAGUUCUGGCAGGACGUGAUCAAGGACUCAACCCCGGGCAGCUGGAUACCCGCCGACGCCCGGGGAGCCGCCUUCCUGCCGAACCUCACAGCCUUGGCCUUCGCCGCGUGGUCGCAGUCGCCCCUCGCCGACAAGGCAAACAACGACGUCAACGGCGAGCACUACUUCAAGCGCACGGUAACCAAGGGCCACGGCGUGCUGGCCUCGGAGAUACUAGAGGGAUGGGGCGGCGUGACGACCCUCUUCAACAUCCCGGACUACGCCACCCCACCCAACAGGCUCCAGUUCCCGUUUCUGCGUCUCCUGCCCGGGUUCCUCUUCCAGGCGGCGGGGAGCAAGGUCCUUGCGGACGGCAGCCUGUUCGGCGUGCUGCACAUCUCAACACGCGAUGUUGUCGGGAAGGCGGGCGAGCGCGGCAUCGAGAUCUACUCUACCGUCUGGUACGGCGAUGCAGCCGAGGAUGAUUUCCUGGAGGCGGAGAGGCAGCACAUGGUUACUGAGAUCGUCAAACUGACGAUUCAGGCCCAGAAGGACGUGGAGAGCGGCAGGUUCAGUGUGCCUUCUGUGUGGGAAUAUUCAAAGGCCGCAGGCGAGGGAAUCAAAAAUGAAGAUGGGAGCUACGGUCUUCAGACCCAGUUCGCAAUAGGCAGUAAUUAA